AUGAGAACCAAACAAAAACUGAAAAUACUCAUCUUAAUAACAUGUCCUCUAACACUUCCUCUGGGAUACAUAAUCUCUAGGGUCUUCCAUCUGCCCACUCCAUACCUCAUAUCCCAUUGGGCCAAUAAGGACGGUCUCAUAAACUCCAUCUUCGUCAAGAAGGGUUGGUUCUGGACGACUUUGCUUACCUGGUUUUGCAUAUUUAAAUACUCCUCCACUGCAACAGCUUCUUCCGCUAGGAGACACUCCCGAUUAACUCGCUCAUUGAUCAGAUACAUCAUAUUAACAUUAUGGUGGUUCAUGUUCACACAAAACCUCAUCCCAGGAACACAACUCCCACCAAUAAUGGAUAUCAUCUUUCUUUUAUCCGGAGGGAAGUGCCAAUUUGAUGUUUUCGAUCUGGAGCAUGACGGAUCAUUAAAUGAAUCGUUCCAGAAUGUUUUAGGUGAUCAAUGGAGAAGGAGACACAAGGCCUGGUCUCGUAUAUAUCAAUUCCUUUCCAAAUUUGACUCCACAGGUCCCUCUGAUUCGGACUCACAAUUGUUGGAUGCCUCAUUGAAGACUAUUGGGUGCGUCUUGAAUUUGGAGAAGGAAUGUGAUAUGGAUCACGAUGUGACCAGCGCAGAUUUGAAUUCGUUCAUUAAACGGAAGAUGAACUCCAUGGGGAGGAUUUCUACCUCCGCAAUGUGUAGGUCACAUGGUGGGUAUUGGACCAUGGGUCAUGAUCCAUCCGGUCAUAUUUUUUUAAUUACAUUGAUGACGAUGUUUAUAUUGGGGGAACUACAAUUCUUCAUUCAAGAUGCUAUGGCAAGAUUGUUGCAUGAUUUCAAUUGGGUUACAAUAUUGAAACAAUGCGGGAAAUUGUUUGAUAAUGGGUUGAUCUGGAAUUAUAUCAAGUUGGAUUCAAGGGAUAGGCGUAAUUGGAUGCGUGUGAUUUACGAAACUCUUAUACUACCACCAUACACUUUUGCCAAAGAGGCAGCAGAGUUAGUUGUACUGACGGGUCGCUUUAUCAUUUGGGACAACCCUAUAAUAUUGUUGAUUACAUUGCUGGUAGUUUGGUUAUGGAGUUUCCUUAUCACGACGUUGGUUUUCCAUACUGUGAGUGAGCAGCUAUCUGGAUUGUUUUUUGCAUAUAUGGUGGCAGGCAUUCUUUAUUGGAAGGCAUAUUAA